GGUUUUUUUCCAUCUAUGAUACUCCAUUUGCUGUCUUGCUCUAUUGUUCAUCCUGUCUGUUCUCCUUAAAAACUUUCUUCAGAAAAAAUCAGCAUUCUUUACAGGCUUGAUUCUCCAGCAAUAGACCCAAUUUCCCCUAUCUCCUUGACUCAAAGUCAAUCAAUGCCGCCUUCAUCAUCAUCAAAUGGGAAAGUUGUGAAGGCUGUCGUUGCCACGGCUGCAGCUACUCUAAUCAUUGCUGGAAUUUUCUUCUUCUUCUUCCGAAAAUUCAGAAGGUGCUGCAAGAGAGAUGAACAUGAGUCAAGCUUCCGUAGGGAAGCUGUGGUGAAUCAGGAUCACCAGGAUGAGUUCAAGAAAUGUGGCAAAAGAGUGAAGGGAUGGUUAUAUGAAGAAAAUGGAAGGGAUGUUCUUUACAUGAGGAAACUUGAAGAUGGACAACAUAAGACUACAUUUCCUAAGGUUAUGUUUAAUCCUAGCUUUGAAGAAGAGGAAGAAGAAAAGAGGAUAGAUAAUACAGUUGAGAGAUCAAGAAAAUCUAAACCUCAGGCGUUUCAGCUUCCUGAUGUGCCAUGUGGUAAACAAGAAGAAAAGUCUGUUCAGCCUUUAGAUCCAACCCUCCUUCCACAACCUCUUGCAGUUAGGUCAAGGAAACAAAUGCCAGAACCAACACCUUAUGGAAAGAAAACUCCUGUGGCAACACCUCCACCUCCUCCUCCCCCUCCUCCACCACCAUCAUCACUAACAAUUCUAGCUAACAAGAGCCCACCAUCACCGCCUCUCCCUCCUCCUCCAAUACCAGCGUUGCCACCAAUUCUAGUGAAGAAAAAUCCUUCAACACCAGCCUCACCACCAAAGUCAGGGGGUUCUAUUUCAUUGUUAAGACCCCCACCUCUACCUAGAGUUACAUCAAACAACAGGAUCAGGGCAGGAACAUCAACAGAGGGUCGGAAAGAGACUGGUUUUGGCCGGAUGAAGCUAAAGCCACUGCAUUGGGAUAAAGUUAUGGCUGAUGCUGAUCAUUCAAUGGUUUGGGAUCAGAUAAAAGAUGGAUCCCUCAGAUUUGAUGAUGAAUUAAUUGAAACCCUGUUUGGGUACUCUACUGCCAACCGCAAUUCUCCUCAAAACAACACCAUUUCAGAAACUUCAGGCAGCUCCAACCUUGCCCCUACAGCUCAAGUUUUCAUUCUUGACCCCCGGAAGUCUCAGAACACUGCAAUUGUGUUGAAAUCUCUAGCAAUAUCUAGGAAAGAAAUAAUUGAUGCUCUUCGUGAGGGCCAGGAACUCAGUGCUGAAACUCUUGAGAAGCUAGCAAACAUUGCCCCAACCAAAGAAGAAGAAGCAAAAAUCCUCCAAUUCAACGGCAAUCCAACUAAACUUGCAGAUGCUGAAUCUUUCCUUUAUCAUGUCCUGAAAGCCGUUCCUUCAGCUUUCAUGCGCACCAAUGCUAUGCUUUUCAAGCAGAAUUAUGAGUCAGAGAUUCUUAACCUCAAGGAAUCUGUACAAACACUUGAAUUGGCAUGCAAGGAGUUAAGAAACCAGGGCCUCUUCUUGAAAUUACUGGAGGCUAUCCUAAAGGCUGGCAAUAGGAUGAAUGCGGGAACAGCAAGAGGCAAUGCAAAAGGUUUCAAUCUUAGAGCUCUUCAGAAACUUUCUGAUGUCAAAAGCACUGAUGGAAAGACAACUCUUCUUCACUUCGUUGUGGAACAAGUUGUGCGGUCAGAAGGCAGACGCCAAGCAGUUGCCCAGAACCACAGCCUUGGAAGAUCCAACAGUCAAAAUGGCAAUAGCAAUUUGAGUUCUUCAGAUAGCCAGACAACAGAAGAAAAAGAAAAAGAAUAUCUAAUGCUAGGAUUACCAGCACUGGGAGCCUUGAGCAAUGAAUUCUCCAAUGUGAAGACCGCAGCCACCAUAGAGUAUGAGAGUUUCAUCAAUGCUUGCUACACCCUAACAACCCAAGUUGCAGAAAUUAGGCAACUUUUGACAUGCCGUGAUAAUGAUGAGAUGACUAGAUUUGUAAGAGAAAUGAAAGAAUUUUUAGAGGAGUGCAGUGAGGAACUUGGGGUGGUGAGAGGGGAACAAAUAAGGGUUAUGCAGCUUGUGAAGAGGACUACAGAAUAUUACCAGGCAGGAGCCUCCAAAGAGAAGGAAACACAUCCACUUCAGCUGUUCGUCAUUGUGAAAGAUUUCCUGGACAUGGUUGAUCGAGUACGUGCAGACAUUACUCGGAAGCUUCAAAGGAAGAGUGUAACACAAGGUGGAGGAUCAUCACCACCAUCUUCACCAUCAAAACUAAGUCCCCUGCGAGCAAGGAACUUCCGUUUUCAUUUCAUGUCAGACCUAUCUGCAACAGCAUCUUCUAGUGAAUCAGAUGAUGAUUUCUAAGGAGAAUCGCUACUACGAUUCAGAUAGCAGAUAUAUAUAUAUAUAUGUAGUAAUUUGGAGAGUUAGUUCCUAUAUAACAAAGUCUGCAAUUAACA